CGACGAUCGCAUGCACAUGCUUGCUGAUGAAGAGGACCAAGGUCCUUUUUUAUCUCGCACACAGCAUGGGCUGACAAAGACAGAAAUAAUCCAGGGCAUGGCAAACAGAUUCAUGUAUUCUCGAUUUUAUAUUAUACUCUACCUAGGCCUUGGUCUUCUUAGUUUAAGCACUAUUAUCCUGUCCAUCAAUGAGACAUGCCCUUCGCCACUUUUUAUUGUUUUCGAGGCGAUUGUAAAUGUAGCAAUGAUUCUCGAGGUUGUCGUCCGUUUGGUGGCUCUCCGUCGCGCCUAUUGGAAAUCAAUUUGGAAUAUAGUAGACACUGUCUUAGUGAUUCUGUGUGCUGUUACUUUGGUGGUACUUGCGUCUGGAUGUUCUGCAGGAGAACGUAGUGAGGCUAUCUUUGACACCAUCCUUCUGGUCAUUCGUAAUUGCUUCCAGUUUACACGUUUGUUUAUGAUGGUUCGCAAGAACAAAAACUCUAUUAAUGCACGCUCGGCUCGUAUCGACUUUACAGAUUUGCCUGAUCACACCCGUGAGCCCUCUGUUGAAUUUAGUGCUCUGGAUCGUGAUCGUGGUAUCGAAAGCUUCCUUGGGGAAGGCUCAGACUUGGAACAUGAACAUUUUUAAACAAACCACAACUUCACAUAAUAACCUUCAAAGAAGAGCACCAAUCC